GUGAUGGUGGUAGCUAAGCCGAUGUUGCGAAUGAAGCUGAGACUGUUUGUGGCUAUUAGCUCGGCUCUCAACCAAUGAAGGCUGUUGGAACCGAUGAGCGUACGUUCCCAGAGAGAGUCAGUCCAUCGGACGGAGGGAGUCGGAGCAUAAUCCGCUUGGUGCCUGAGAACAAUGGAAUGGUAGAGAGAUAUCGAAUGACAGAGACUACGCGGAGGUAUCGGCGGCAAUGGCGGAGGAGAUCAUCAAUCAGUCGAUUCGUUUCUUCAUCAUUCGCUUGCGUUUGUACUUGGAGCUUCAGGUUCGGAGAGGAGGGGCGUGCCGUGUUCUUGAUGGUGUUUCUUUGCAUUGACUUCCUCGCGUUCAGUUCUUUGGGUUUCUUUCUUUUCUCUCUGUUCCACUCUCCAGUCAGCGAGCGCUGGCUCAUUGGACAAGGACGAGAGAGAGGCGGGCAGCAAGGGCAUCGAGAGGGGUUCGUUCGUCGGGAUGUUUGGCCAGGAGGCAUGAUGGAUCCAUUCGGGGUUUUGAUAGUAGCUGAGAUUUGAUUGCAGGGUUUUGACAGGGAAUGAAUCGCAAGAAGAGGAGGAGGAGGACAGGCUGACGAGCGAUGGCCAUUCCGGAAGCGCACUCAAAUUCACACGUCAAGAUCCGCAUCUGUCCCCCUUCCAUCUCUUUUUCUUUAUCUUCAGAUCUCUUUGUACCCUUGCGUCGAAGCACACGAUUUGAUCUUUCUUAUCAUUCUUAGCAAUAAUUCGCUGAAGUGCUCCUUGUGAUGCGGAAAUCUCAAUCUCAAUAUUUCUCUUUUUCUUUCUCUCUCUCUGUCUCUCAAAGUGUUUGUGUCUAUCGAUCGAUCGGCCAUGUGAGGAUGAGAUUUGGUGAUUGGUCGUGGAUUGGAGGAGGAAGAGAAGUGUUGCUGCGACUCUGUGGCGGCCAACUUUUGAGAGCGAAACUGAAAUAUUUGGCGUGGUGUGAACCGCAAUCGAGAGCAGGGCGCUGCGGUCUUCGUGGAUUUCUUCUUCUUAUCUUGGUGCUGAUUGGGGUUCCUGGGUGAAGGGGGAUUGUGGAAAAAGAAUGAGGGAGGAUGGGGUACUCGAGAUUGCGAGGGUAGUGGUAUGUGCGUGGAAAUCAACCGAGGAACGGCGCGGGUUAGGCUAGAGAGGACGAAGGGCUGCUCGAGAAGCAGUUGAGCAGGGAGGAGCAGACUGGAUGCAGGGAUAAUAAACAAAAAGCACACUCAUGGCUCCUAAUGCAGCAGACGACAUAUCUCAAAAGGUCCUGAGACCUUUUCUCUUCCUCUUCAGCCGUCCUUCAAGCCUCUCGUUCCACGGCUCAAGAGCUGCCAAGAACGUGGGAAGAAUCGCUUCAUGCUUUAAGCUUCUUCUUGAUAGUAUCAGCUCUACUGAUCCUUGAAGUAACUACUGCUCAUUGGCCAUCGGUUCUUUAGAGGAGCAAUCAAGAUGGGUUUAUCAAGCUCACAAGAUCCUAGAACUCAACAGUGCAGUUUUGGCGACGAUGGCUCUGCAUGGAAAAGUAUAGAAGGAGCAAGGACAAUCUUGCCAGGUUUGGCCAUGCGUGUUAUGGUUGCGAUGAGGGAUGCAAGCAUGUGGAAGAGUUCGUCUCUGCAAGAAAGCCGAGACAAGGCCAACUUAGCUGUACUGGGUCUCCUUGAGUGGUUGGUAAAGGGGAACUCGGGGCUUUUCCGGCCGUUCGUUCUUAUGUGUCGACUAAUUUACCCAUCCCAAAGACUGGCAAGGAUAACAAUCAUCCUCCAAAACAGGACAAGUUCAUUGUCACAGCAAGUGCUAUAACCAUGGCUUUAAGGCCCUUAACUAUCUUGUCGGCAGCGUAUCCAGCUCAACUUGGAGUAAAUGAUGGCAACCGAACUUUAGAAGCCUCAUGUGUUUGCGCAGCUGAAAGUUUUGUUGCCCACAUUCUUACAAUACCUUUCCUUGUUCAGCACAUUCCUCCUUCACUUGUUCCUGCCCUUCAGCACUCUUCUGCGCUGGCACCUUGUCUUUGGUCAUUUGGGGUUUCUAUGAGCGGACCGAUGAAGGCUGCAACUUAGUCUCAUACGCAUAUGAGUAAAGAAGAGCAGGAACUUGAAAUAUUUCUCCCUUCAUUAUGAACUUUGGCUAAUAUGGUCAGUCUGGCUUCUGGAUCAGGCCCAGCAACUCUUGAAGGCAAAGAAAUUGCGGGACCGUUUGGUAAAGGAUUGGAUUUUGAGGAUUAUGUACAGGCCCUUUGUUGUUUACUAAGUGAUUUGAGACCCUAGAUUGAUAGCAAACAACAGCUGCAGCCGUUUAGAUCAAGGUAUACUUCUGAAGACUGUAAUGAAGGUGACGUAAAUCACUUUGGAAUAUUUAUGGACAGUGCUUGUAGUUCUAUAGAUCACAGUAGCAAUGAUAGUUUCACGACUGUGCAUCAACUUCUCCAGGAGAAUUUGGAGUUCAGACCGCAAAGUCAACCAUUCCAUCCAGCAGAAGCUCAUUUGCUCCAAAGACAGGAAUCAAGCUAAGAAUGCUGGUGGAAAGUGGGCAGCUGCACUUGUUUUGAGAAUGAGAACGAGAAGUUAUGGUGCUGAGGGAAGUACCACAGCGGAUAAAGCGGGAAGCUCAAAUUUGGAAACGCUGGAUUCUUUGAGGGAGUCCGAAGCUGAUUGGGGUGCUUCCCAAUUGUGGGCUUUAGAGGCAAUGAGAAAGGGGCAUGUUGGAGUUCCAUCAGAUGCUAUGCCAGUGGAUUCAAAAAAAAACUCCAUAUCCAGCUGCGUCUGCCACCAGUGCAUCUCCAACUGGCUGUGUGAGCUGUAUGUGAAUGCCACUGUUGCCGAUCAUGUCUUGGGCAGUGAGCUACUGUCCUUAUCUGCAGCCAAAGCGCAGGCGGAUGGAUCCCUGUAGUUGGAUCAUCUGAUGCAGUCAAGUUCAAGCAACGAGUGAUGAUGAUGGCGAGAGGUAGGAUUCAAGUUUUCGCUAUGUGAGUUAGCUCUGGCACUGAAAUGGAUAAACUGCCCACAUUGUGGACGUUGAUCUGGAAUUGGAUCUGAGCGCCUUAUCGAUCAAAGACCUGGGAGGUGAAGUUAGUCGUCAUGCUCAUAGUUCCGAUUUCGUUUGUUUGAAGUGGAUUGUUGACAGAGGAGCACCGCAGAUGCAGAGGCAGUGCCAAGCAGAGAUGUGAUCAGGGAGCUCUGUUCAGGGUUAAGUCACGACGAUCCCUUGUUGUGGACUGAAGAUUCAUCUCUUGUGGGAAAAUUGUUUGGACAGCAGUUGUGCAUGAGAUUGCGCAGUCUUUAUUCUUCCAGCAGUUAGUGGGAAGUUAGUGAGUGCAGUGUCAGCGACCUCGGUUGUUAUUGUACUGAAUAUGUUAUUGUAGUAUGCCGAUGGGGGCAAACAGGGAGGAAGAUAAGUAGAUGCUUGCUAGCUGGAGAUGAAGCAGUUGUAUGUUCGAUGCCAGCCAGGUAGCCACCUUUCUUGUUGUUGGGUCCCCGUGCUUGAAUUAGUGGGGAAGCGCCGAGCUUUCAUGCCGUAUGCUUGCGAUUUUGGGCAGAUCACCAACAACCCGCCGAGGUCUAGAAGCAAACCCCAAAACCCGACCCGCACAGCCAAUACUUUUUUCUAAGUUACGGAUCUGUUUUGCUGACUUACCUUACCUACAUUAUCGACAGGCAGUUCACCUUGGAGACGUGACGUGGUUAUGAGUACCAACAAGAGAAGGAGGAGCAUCUUGAGUUCACAAGGGACCAGAUGAGCAGGCUCCUACAUGGUUUCCAUGAUGUCCGGCAGAGCCUACAGUUCGAGUAAUUCUAGGAGUAGGUUAGGUUCCGGAUAGAAUGGCAGCGAUUAACGAUGGGGCUUAUUGGCAUAGGCUGUUCAUCCGGAAAGUUAGUGGCGGCCACUUAUUUCUAGUGGCCGCCGCUAACUUUCCACAAAUAAGCGGCGGCCACCGGUCUGGAAUUGGCAGAUACUAGUUGGUCAUUUGUAGGCGAUAGCAUUUAAGCCGGGGAUUUUUCCAAGGCAGGGGCCUUUUCCUAUACUCUGUUUUGAGAACACACCUAUAGCUCUGAUGUGUGGAACGAUUGUUGAAAUAGGUCCAAGUACUGUUGUCUUUGGUAGAUCAUUGGGAAGAGUGUUAAACAAUAUGAGAAUCUGGAGAGCGCCCGGAGUGAGGGGAAAGGUGUCAUGCGUAUAGAGUGUUGACGGUUUCCAACGUUCGGAAGGAGCUAGAGGGGAGGGAAGACUUACUGCAGCAGGGGCUGGUAGUCUUAAGGACACGGGAUAUCGUGUGUACACUUGACUCCGGGAUAGGGCCGGUUGCUUCCUGGUGAUAGGAUUAAAGCCAGGUUACUAACUGCAAACCAGUCCGGAAGUUGGAGACAAAGUCGGAUUAGAUAUUAUUACCAUUGUCUAAAAGGGGGAAAACUGUAGAUCUUCUGUGGGAACGAACACGGAGUGGUUUACUUUGAGAGAUAUUUAGUGUAAACUAAGUGAUUUUUGAAGGAAUACUGAUGUCACGCCGUG